AUGAAAUGUCAUGGCGACGACGACAUCAACAUGGAUGUGUGGGGAGAAGAGCGCUGCCAAAUGACAUGGGAUGCGCAAACACGCGAUCCAUGGUUUGGAGAGCGAGGGGAACUCGACAGUCCGGUCUCGCAGACAUUACUGUGUACCCGCCAGCCAGUCAGGUACGUUCUGGACGGGCCGUGUUGCACCCAAAUGCACGAGGCAGACGAGCGUGUUAUUGAUGCAACGUCUCGAUCAAAGAGGGACACUGAGGAUGGGAUGGAAUCGGACAAAAUCGAAAUCGUUGCGGGAGGAUCAGGACGGUCGACCGGUUGGGGCAGUGGUGCGGCUACAGCUGGUCCUGGUGAUGAUGCCAAGUGA